CAAAACUCUACCAGACAAAACAAUGGAAGCUAUCUCUCAAACCUGCACAAAGAUCAUCACCAACCCAUCUCAGAGGAUAUAUAAAACCUCAUCUCCAGUCACGGCAAUUCCACAAACAAAGCUGAGCCUUAAAGUCAAGAAGGAGAGGUGGGUUGCUGCUGCUAGAUGCGUGGCUUCAGGAUCGGAUUAUGCUGCGGCAAUGGAGCCAAUUACGCCGGAGGAAGAGGAGGAAUUGACUCAGAGAAGAGGGAUAUGUGGUGGAGAAGUAAACAGAGGAGUAUGGGAGCUCUUGGAGUGCCUUGAGAAAGAAGCUAUUAUGGGGAAUGAUGAUGGGAGAGAUCCUAGAGAUUACAAUAGAAGAGCAAAGAUUUUUGACAAGAGUUCUAAGAUCUUCAAGAACUUAAAUGAACAGAGAGAUCAGGCUCCUGUUGAUUACCUUGAGAAGGAAGCUAUCAUGGGGGCUGAUGAUGGGAAGGACCCUAAAGAUUAUAACAGAAGAGCAAAGAUUUUUGACAAGAGUUCUAAGAUCUUCAAGAACAUCAAAGAACAGAGAGAGCAGUCUCCAGAAUGAAUUACGAAAAUGUAGUUUGUUUGUUUUUUUGGUAUGAUAAAUGUAGUCUGUUUGUAAUGAUCUCAUUAGUGGUUUGAAUCGUUUGAUUCCUUGUACCGUUGUACCUCUACUCUUUUUGCAAGGAUCCUCUCAUUGUAACACGAUCCUAAUAAUGUGAUAUUUCUUCUAAGUAUUAUUCAAUCAACCAGAGACUAAUUAUUG